GGGAGCUGCUUACCUUGGAAGAGAGAAAAGUGGUCGCUCAUCCAUUACCAUGGCAACACGGCCGGGCCCUUUGACCGAAUGGCCAUGGCACUGGAUGGGCAGCUUCAAGUACCUGGUCUUCGCACCUGUGGCGUUGCAAACUGCAUACAGGGUGGUCACCAAGGGGUGGGGGGACAUGAACCUAGCCUACGCCGCCAUCUUGCCAGCUCUGCUUCUGAGGAUGCUCCACAAUCAGAUCUGGAUUAGCUUGUCUCGCCACCAGACCGCACGCAGGAAGCACAUCAUCGUUGACCGCAGUCUUGAAUUCGAGCAGGUGGACCGGGAGAGAUCCUGGGAUGACCAGAUCAUCCUCUCUGGGCUGUAUUUCUACUUGGCCUAUGCAGCCAUCCCGAGUGUCAGACUCAUGCCAAUGUGGGAAACAAAGGGAGCCAUCAUCAUGGCGUUGCUUCACGCAGGACCUGUUGAGUUUCUCUACUACUGGUUCCACAGGGCACUGCACCACCAUUUCCUCUACUCUCGCUACCACUCACACCACCAUGCCUCCAUCGUCACAGAGCCUAUAACAUCUGUCAUCCAUCCAUUUGCUGAAAUGUUAGUUUACUUCCUGUUAUUUUUGAUCCCCAUGCUGAUACCAAUUCUUAUGGGAUAUGGUUCUAUCCUGGGUAUCGUCUUAUACGUGGCUUACAUCGACUUCAUGAAUAAUAUGGGACACUGCAAUUUUGAGCUGCUGCCAAAGUGGAUCUUCCAAGUUUUCCCUCCUCUCAAGUAUCUCAUGUACACUCCAUCGUAUCAUUCUCUCCAUCACACACAGUUUCGUACAAACUACUCAUUGUUUAUGCCGUUCUAUGACUACAUAUACAAUACCAUGGACAAGUCAACUGACGAGCUGUAUGAGAGAACACUGAUUGGAACAGAGGAAACACCAGAUGUUGUUCACUUGACGCAUAUGACCACCUUGCAAUCAACUUAUCAUCUAAGGGUUGGGAUUGCCUCUAUAGCCUCUAGACCCUCAGAUAACCCAGUAUGGUAUGUGUGGAUGAUAUGGCCAAUGGCAUGGCUGUCAAUGGUACUGGCAUGGAUUUAUGGAUCCUCUGCGUUUGUCGUCGAAAGUCUCAAACUGAAGAAGUUCAAGAUGCAAACAUGGGUGAUACCAAGAUACAACUUCCAAUAUGGCCUGAUUAGGGAGAGGGAAUCCAUCAACAGGUUAAUUGAGAAGGCAAUAUUAGAUGCGGAUGUAAGAGGGGUCAAAGUGCUCAGUCUUGGACUCUUAAAUCAGGCAAAACAACUCAAUGGAAAUGGUGAAUUAUUUACACAUAAAUAUCCAAAAUUAGGAGUUCGACUUGUUGAUGGAAGUGGCUUAGCAACAGCAGUUGUUCUCAAGAGCAUUCCUUCAGAUACAAAGCAUGUUUUUCUCUGUGGAGGCAGUUCUAAGGUAGAACGUGCAAUAGCUACAGCUUUAUGCGAAAGAGGUGUCCAGGUAAUCAUGAAUCAAAAGGAGUAUGACAUGCUCAAGUUGCGAGUUUCAGAGAGCAGUAUUGCCUAUCUGAAAUUCUCCAGUGAUGAAACACCACAGAUCUGGAUAGGAGAUAUCAUAGAUGAUAAGCAACAAAUGGGGGCACCAAAAGGAGCAACAUUUAUUCCUACAUCACAGUUUCCCCUUAAAAGGAUGCGCAAGGAUUGCACUUAUUUGAGCAGCCCUGCAAUGAAGAUCCCAGAGGCAAUGCAGAACGUCCACACCUGUGAGAAUUGGCUUCCAAGAAGGGUGAUGAGCGCAUGGCGCAUUGCUGGAAUGGUACACGCACUAGAAGGUUGGGACAUGCACGAGUGCGGAGAUGAUAUGAUGGACAUCGAGAAGGUCUGGUCGGCAGCUAUUAAGCACGGAUUCACUCCUCUGUCAAAAGCUUGAUUCUUCUGGAUCCUGGAAGAUAUGUUACUCAAUAAUGAUGCGAAUUUGAGGUUCAGUGUUAUGGAGUGUCGAAUAAGCCUGUGGCUUACUAGCUUCAGUGAGCAGGGUUCGCAUAUGUCUGGAUAGAAAUCCCUGAGCACGGUAUCAAUAGUUAAGUACUGUACCUUGUAUUGUUAGUGAUCUAAAAGAUCUUAUAUCAGUUUACAGAGGGAGUACACGAUAAAUGAAUUAUCAACUCACAGGAACUCGUUAAAGCAUGUGCCGCAUUAUCAGUGAUAUUCAAAGGGGGAAAUUCGAACUAUGUACAUGGCCAUGGAAUGAGGCAAGUCAAAGAGAGAUCCA